AGAAGAAAAACAACGCUUAAAAGUUCAUUGCUAACAACGUUCCAAAGCUUAUCCGAAGAUUUAACAUCGGGGAAGGACGUUCAAGCGGUGGAAAUCCAAGACUUCUUCGUCGAGGGAGUCAGUGCGACCGGCAAAGUUUACCCCAGGAAUGUCAUUGAUGCCACAAAUGGACAAGCAACUGUGGAGCUUCAUUAUGCUUUCACUUUGGAUUCUGCCGAGAAGUUGACCAACGCAUCCAUCUACAUUAACGAUGAGGAGGCCAUCAAAAUUUGGUAUAAUAUUACGACUCCGGUCGCUUUUCCACCUCUUGAAGGCUUUGGUCGAGAUAUGGGAUGGAAAUACAACAAAAACGGGGCAGGAGUCAUUGUUAUUUCUUAUCCAAAGCCAUUUCUCCACGGUCAAUACAAAUUGGAAGUCAAUGCCUUGAAUAUGGACACCCAAGAGCCAUGGAUCACCAGAAAAAUAAUCUUUGUGAAAUAUUUCAGCAACUGUACUAGGCUGGAUGGAAUAGCUCAGAUCAUCUCACCGUGCACGUUUGAUUUGAAGUUAAAGUGCGAUCAUCCAGUGUACCCACUUUCGAACUUUAAGGCCUUGAUGUAUUUGACCUCAGGGUCAGAUAAUACAUUUGCCAUGAUUAUCCCCGUGGAUGCAGUUACAUUGAGGGAAAGAGAUGAUGACCGAUAUGAUGCCACGGUGGCUUAUCAACAUCAACUAUCGAAAUAUGCACCACUGGAUUUGGUUUUUAGGAGCGAACUGUACCAAGAAGAUAAAAUUGAAAACUUUAUUGUCCAACCAUUAAUCAAAGGAGCCUCUUGUAACGGGGAAGGAUCCUCGCCAGAUCCAACAGCCUAUCAGUUCUUGGUACCAGUCACCUUCUAUCCAACACAGACGGAAUUUACUGCGGAAUCAUUUAAAACAAUCACGAAACCUGGGACCCCCGAAUUGCCGGACAAUUAUUCGUCUACAUCAACUCCACUAUCCCUGACCACCUCUACGACGAAUGAUCCUGUUUCAGAAUCAAGUGGAUCUUCACACGGUGUUUCUGUCAGUUCCAGACCAGUCUUGAUAAGGACUUCUGCACUGUGUUUUAUCGUGGCUCACCUGAGUGCAAAUCGAGCUCAAGUAUAGGCGCCAUAUAUUAGACGGAAAUGUAGAGAUUUGUCACGUGUAAGCUCUGAAUUGAGACCAUUUUUAUGGCCUUUCUUUAUUUGAAAAAGUGCCAUCCUCGUCCACAAAGCAUUUCCAAACAAUAUAACAACAACAGGCA